CAGCCGCCCUGCAAUGGCUGAGCUCCGCAGCUCAGGUGGGAGAAUGGAAGCAGCUGCACAGGGGGGCUCCCCCCUCGAGGCUGGAGCGCAGACGCCCCCUGGGCCCGGGCCAUCAUCACUGCCAACGCUGCCACCCAAGGAGGGGCACCAGGAGGGGCUGGUGGAGCUGCCCGCCUCGUUCCACGAGCUGUUCACCUUCUUCUGCACCAAUGCCACCAUCCAUGGCGCCAUCCGCCUGGUCUGCUCCAGUGGGAACCGCCUCAAGACGUCGUCCUGGGCGCUGCUGUUCCUGGGUGCCCUGGCCGCGCUGUGCUGGCAGCUCGGGCUCCUCUUCCAGCACCACUGGCUGCGCCCGGUCCUCAUGGCCGUCUCUGUGCACUCGGAGCGCAAGCUGCUCCCCCUGGUCACCCUGUGCGACGGGAACCCACGCCGGCCGAGUACCAUCCUCCACCAUCUGGAGGUGCUGGACAAGUUCGCCCAGGAGAACAUUCACUCCUUGUACAAGGUCAACUUCAGCAAAGGGAGAGACGCCCUCGCUGCCAUCGUCUCCCCCCUUGAUCCCCACUUCCACCUGGACCGGGAGAUCCGUCUGCAGAGGCUGAGCCACUCGGGCAGCCGAAUCAGAGUGGGGUUCAGACUGUGCAACAGCACGGGCAGCGACUGCUUCUACCGCGGCUACUCAUCAGGCGUGGCGGCCAUUCGGGACUGGUACCGCUUCCACUACAUGGACAUCCUCGCUCUGCUGCCCACAGCAUGGGAGGAGAGCCACGGGAGCCACAAUGGCCGCUUUGUCCUUUCCUGCAGUUAUGACGGCAAGGACUGUCAGGACCGGCAGUUCCAGACCUUCCACCACCCUACCCAUGGCAGCUGCUACACCGUUGAUGGCAUCUGGACAGCCCAGCGCCCUGGCAUCACCCACGGAAUCGGCCUGGUCCUCAGGGUUGAGCAGCAGGCCCACCUCCCCUUGCUGUCCACGCAAGCCGGCAUCAAGGUCAUGGUCCACGGCCACAACCACACGCCCUUCCUGGAGCACCACAGCUUCAGCAUCCGGCCGGGGACAGAGACCACCAUCAGCAUCCGAGAGGACGAGGUGCACCGGCUCGGGGGCCCUUACGGCCACUGCACGGCAGGCGGGGAGGGCAUGGAGGUGCAACUGCUGCACAACGCCUCCUACACCAGGCAGGCCUGCCUGGUGUCCUGCUUCCAGCAGCUGAUGGUGGAGACCUGCUCCUGCGGCUACUACCUGUACCCACUGCCGGCUGGGGCUGAGCACUGCAGCUCCGCCCGGCACCCUGCCUGGGGGCACUGCUUCUACCGCCUCUACCAGGACUUGGAGACCCACCGGCUCCCCUGUGCCUCCCGCUGCCCCAGGCCCUGCAGGGAAUCUGCAUUCAAGGUCUCUGCUGGGACCUCCAGGUGGCCUUCCGCCAAGUCGGCUGACUGGACUCUGGCUGCGCUUGGUGAGCAGCGACUGCCACGUCAGAGCCACGGGCAGAGGAGCAACCUGGCCAAAAUGAACAUCAUCUACCAGGAGCUCAACUACCGCUCAGUGCAGGAGGCGCCCCUGUACUCGGUGCCACAGCUGCUCUCCGCCAUGGGCAGCCUCUGCAGCCUGUGGUUUGGGGCCUCUGUCCUCUCCCUCCUGGAGCUCCUAGAGCUGCUGCUGGACGCUUCGGCCCUCACCCUGCUGCUGGGUGGCCGCAGGCUCCGCAGGGCGUGGUUCUCCUGGCCAAGGGCCCGCCCUGCCUCGGGGCUAUCCAACAUCAAGCUAGGGGUCAGCCAGAUGCCCACACCUGCAGGUGAGACGUGCCAUCCAGGGCCUAGCGGGCCUCAUCUCCCAUGGAUGGUGCCACAGGCUCUGGCGAGAGUCUCAGCCAAAGAGAGCCGGGCUAGGCCCCUGCCCCUUGAGACCCGGCACCUGAACCGGCCCCACCAGGGCCCUCUCAUCUCUUAGCCUGGUCCUUGGAGCUGUGGCAGCAACAGGCUGCCCGGCUUCCCAGGGUGGGCCAGACCAGCGGCUAGAGCAGCACACGUGGCCUGUGGGCAGGCAGGUGCCAGGCAUGUCAGGGCCUCCGGUCAACCACCCACCCUGCCUGGGGUGGGUCUCUGGGAGGCCCAGGGCGGAGGGGGGAUUCCCACGUGCAAGAGUCAAUUCUGCAGCUGGAAGUACUGACGUGCAGUGGUGCGCCCAUGUGCAUGUCCGUCUCUGCGUGUCCACACGUCUGAUGCGCCCGUGUGCAUGUCCGUCUCUGCGUGUCCACACGUCUGAUGCGCCCGUGUGCAUGUCCGUCUCUGCGUGUCCACACGUCUGAUGC